CCUAAAUUCGAUCGCCGUCUGCGUCAAUAAUUUUACUAGGAUUUUUAUUUUUCAACAGUUAAAUUUGAGAGGGACUGUUUUUUCCGUUAAAAAAUAGAAGCAAGGUCUAUCCGAUCCGCUGUUCAGUCGUGAUAUUGAAGAAUAAAAAGCUUUCCUGCUUCUUCCGUUAGACCCGGUAUUUCGUAUUAGUCUCGAAGUCUCCGCUACGAGCCGCCACCAUCCUGAAUGAUGAAUGGAAAGCCGAACGACAGGUCAGAGGCACUUUUUUUACUUUCAAAUUUUUCACACUCCGACAUCAAAGUAUAUAUCUUAUUAUUUUCACACAGUACAACUACUCUCUUCUCAUUCUCCCUUCCUCCAUCAACGAGACAAUCUCCGUACAUCAUCGAGAUACAUAGACGUUAUUACCGACGAUUUCCUAGAUAUCGCCGAGUUACAAAAGGAACUAAAAAAAAGGCCAUCGGUCAUUUUCAGGACCGCUUGUGACGUCUCCGUCCGUCAUAAAAAAAACCAGCGCUUUUUUUUCCAAUCGAUCCUCGGGCAGGUCGAUUUUUUCCUUCCCAUCGCAGCCCAUCCCCGCGUACGUCUCGCGGAGGGUGCAGAAACGGAAGUGGUGCCGAAAUUGCGCAUGAACUCAGCCGACGUUACUUCCCGAGUAUGCCCGGCCGCGUCGCUACCGCUGCGUUGCAUUAUGGCCGCUGCGUUUGGGUGUUGUGGAAACUGAUCCCGUAGCGAGAGAGGCACCGAGGUCGGAUGAGUCGUCGUCGCUGCCGCUGCACCUCUGCGAGCGAGUGACCGCUGCGACGAGCCCGCACGAGCAUCACACGGUGGCGACGGUGCGUCGCCGGGUUACGUUGACCCGUCGUGAUCCCCACACGCAGCGUGGGAGCAGCGAACGUGCGAGAGCGCCGAUCAUCAUCUCCGCCGAGGCACGAUGACGCGUGCACGUCGCUGAGGGAAGCUGCCGAUCGGACCGCGGAGACAACGGGGGGUGUGGAUGAUAGGAAUUUACUGAAAGUCGAAGAUCAAAGGCAUUCAAAACGCUGGAGAAAGACGGCGGAGCUUCGGAGGAGGGGGAGAUGUCAGCUGGCACCCAGGGCGAGAUUCGGGUUGGCCCUUCCCAUCAGGCGUUGGUUUCUUGUCAGGCCCGUUUGCCUGAGUAUCGGCCGGGUAUACCACCCGGCGAGCUGCUACCCGAUCCAGAAUUCUCUAAGGAGCGCGAGGAGCUAAGAUGGGUCCCGGCCAUGGCAUUGGACGGGGAUCUUCUCAUGUACCUGAGGGCGGCUCGGUCAAUGGCCGCUUUCGCCGGUAUGUGUGACGGCGGGUCCCCGGACGAUGGUUGCGUGGCGGCGUCUCGAGACGACACUACCAUCAAUGCUUUGGACAUCUUGCACGACUCUGGCUAUGAUCCCGGUAGGGCACUUCAGGCUCUCGUCAAAUGUCCAGUACCUAAAGGCAUCGACAAGAAAUGGUCCGAGGAAGAGACUAAGCGAUUCGUCAAGGGUUUACGGCAAUUUGGGAAGAACUUUUCACGCAUUAGGAAGGACCUUUUGCCGCACAAAGACACGCCGGAGUUGGUCGAGUUCUACUACUUGUGGAAAAAGACGCCCGGUGCCAAUAAUAAUAGGCCGCACCGUCGUCGCCGGCAGAGCUCGCUGCGAAGGAUCCGUAACACGCGCAACUCCCGCGCCGGCACUCCGAAAGAGGAGGUGCCGACGCCUACGAAGGACACAACGCCGACAGCAAACGUCAACACGAAGGAACCUGCGUCCGAGGCCGAGAGCGUGCCGGUCGGCACGCCGGCCAGCCACAACCCCGGUGGUGAGAUCAGCUCCGUAACCGAGGACGACAACUCCGAAGAGGACAGUGACUCGCGCGACACCAACACGAACGGCGCCGCUCACUCGUGCCAGCACUGCUUCUCCACCAGCUCGAAGGACUACCAGGUGGCCGGCAAGGAUCGUCUGCUCCUCUGCACGGAAUGUCGCGCGCAUUUGAAAAAGACCGGCGAGCUGCCGCCCGCGCCGCCUUACCUCUUCCGCCCGGUCCCGGCGGAGUCACCGGAGAGCCCCGGUAGAAUGCGUACGCGUAACAAGGCUAAGGAGACGCCGAGACCAGCGAGACCGCGACGCACCGGCGGCACCGACACGCCCGACCAGGAGAAGCAGCAACAGUCGCCCGACAAGAGCAAGAAGAAAUCCUCCAAAGUGGAGACGCCGAAGAAGGGUACACAGAAGCGCUCGCACGCGGACGACGCCGACGACGACAAGGAGGCGCAAAAGCGGAAGCGCGCCGGCGGCGGCGACCGCGCCGAGAGCCCCUCUGAGUCGCUCACGACAGACAGUAACUCCCUGAUGGACGAGCCGGAAAGGGAGACAGAGGCUGACACGAACGAGAAUCAACCGACUACGCCGACGGUGACCGGCGUGGCCGCGGAAGAGCCGGUAAGUCCAGCCGUAACGACUCCCGAGGAACCGUCCGAGCCGACGCCAGUGUCCACUCCCGUGCCGGCGGCGAUCCAGAGCCUACCGAUCUCGGUGCCGGUGAUACACAGCCUGGAGAAGAAGCCGCCGUUGCUCGAGCCCGAGCCGUUGCUCGACCAGGGCAAGGCGGUGGAUCAUCAGAUGGAGGACUCCGUGCCGCCGUUGGCCAUGAGUCAGCCGCUCAAGUUGGAGCCGUUGGUGCCGAUGGAGUCCGUGGUGUCGCCGCCGACCUCCAACGACGACGCGAAGGAGCCGGAGCAGGGACAGCUGAACCUCAGCGUGUCGCAGCCGCUGGUGGCGCCCGGACAGCCGACGGCCGAUGCCGCGGUGCGCAACCUGUCGCAGACUCUGCCGCCCGGCGCCGGUAUCGCCUCGCAGUCCAUGCCGGUGAUAUCGCCCGGUCAGCAGCAGAACGUCGCCGGCGGACUGCCGAGCGGCCUCAGCAUGCAGUACGCGGCGAGCAACGUGCAAUCGCAGCAGCAGCCGCCGCAGAACGUACCGCAGAAUCUGUCGCAGAGUAUGACGCAGUUAGCGUCCAGCGUGGUGCCGGCCAGCAUGGCGCCGAACGCGCCACCGAACAUGGGACCAAACCUCCGCGGCCACGCGGAGCCCCUGCCGCCGUUGAACCUCAACAUCUCGCAGAGCCAAAUACCGACCGGUAUGGGAGCGAUCGGCCAGAUGUCGCAGAUCCAGCCGCCGAUGCCGAGCUCGCCGCAGCCGCUCGGCCUCACCGUCAUGUCGUCCGAAGGCAGGGCCGUUGAGAGAAUCGCGGACGACAGGUUGUCGGGCGAGAGGACGCGCGACGGCCGUAUUCCCGUCGAGCGGAUGACGUCGGACAGGCACCAGGAACGCGGCACGGAGAGCGGCGAGCCGGAACGUCCGAAUGAACCGAGCAAUCUGUUCCAGUCCCUUCAGCCCGGCGGCAUGCUGUCGAUGGACAAGCCCCCCGCAGGCAUCUACAAUUUAGCCGGCACACCGCCGAUGGAGCCGCAGAACCUGAAGAUCAAGCAGGAGAUCAUACCGCCCGAGCCGGACCCCCUGCAGAGCCUGAAGGAGGUCAAAGUGCCGGGCUUCCAGAGCUCCUCGUUCCCGGGGCCGAGCCUCGACAACAUCAAGAAGGAUCCGGACGGCGCGAGCAAACCGCCCACGCCGAGCAAGCAGUCGGUGCAGAACUCGGCGCCGGCACUGGUGCCGCAUCUUCAGCCGGUCGCAGCCUCGCCGACGGCGACGCCGACGCCCAGCCUGCCGCCGCCGCCCAGCUCGAUACCCCAACCGGUGAUGCACCCGGCGCAGCAGCCGAGCCCGCACAUGGCCCACCCUUUCCACCCGCACCUCGUGCACCACACGCUCUUCGGGAUGCACGCCUACCAUCCGCACGCGUACCCGGGGUACGGAGCGGUGGCGGGAUACCCGUCGUUCCCGCCGUACGCCUACGGCCCGGUCCCGCACGCCAUCCCGCCGCCUUCGCCGCAGAGAAGUCAAGAGAGCAGCACCAUGAUGACCGCUCAUCACGCCAGCACCAGCUCGAGCGUCACCACGAGGGACGAGGGGGAGAAUCUGAUCGCCUCUCAUCAUCACUCCUCCAGCAUGCACCAGGCGACCACCCUGCACCACGACAAACUGCUCACCAUUUCCUCCCACAGCUCUCAUAGUCAUUCCUCGUCCCACGGGUCGAGCCAGCGCAAACCGUCGAUGGUCUCGGCUACGUGCUUGACGUCCACCAGCUCGGCACACCAUCACCAUCGGCCGCCGCAGCAGCAGCCCCCGAUCGUGCAAGAGCCGAAGAUCGAGCAGGACAUGGAGCCGGAGCCGGAAGAGCCGGCCAGUCCGCGCGGCCCGUCGCCGGAGCCGCGCAUCGAGGACUCCGAGUGCCACCGUUCCCAGUCGGCGAUCUUCCUGCGCCACUGGAAUCGCGGCGAGAACAACUCGUGUACGCGCACCGACCUGGUGUUCAAGCCCGUGCCGGACACGAAGCUCGCGCGGAAGCGCGAGGAGCGCUCGAGAAAGCAAGCGGAGCGUGAACGGGAGGAGCGCGACCGCGCCGCCGCGGCGGCGCAGCAGGCCAGGAAGAUGACGACGCCGGAGAAGCAGCCGGAGAGCUGCAAGCCGCCGAGUCGGGGACCCCUCGAGCCUGUCGUCUCGCCAUACGACAGGUACGCGGCGCGCCCGAGCUCGUACGCGGACACCCCCGCGCUCAGGCAGUUGUCCGAGUACGCGAGACCGCACGCGGCCUUCUCGCCCGCCAGACACCCGGCGCCGCCCGACCCUAUGCUGCAUUACCUGUACGGGCGCGAGGCCGCUGCUGCGCAGCGCCUCGAGCUGGAACACCUGGAGCGGGAGAAGCGCGAGCGGGAGAUACGAGAGUUGCGCGAGCGGGAGUUGAACGACCGUCUGAAGGAGGAGCUGCUGAAGGGCACGCCGAGGCCGAUGCCGGCGCCGGUCGACCCGCACUGGCUCGAGAUACACCGACGUUACGCCGCCGGUCUGGCCGGACCCUCCGGCCCGCCUCAGGCCUUGCACCAGUUCGGUCUCUACGGCGCUCCACCGGGUCCCAGCCAGCUGGAACGGGAACGUCUGGAACGGCUAGGAAUACCGACUGCAGCCGGUGGGGGGCCAGCGGCUGGAGGGGCUGGCCAUCCCGUGGCGGCACACCACCAUGGUCAGCUCGAAGAGCGACUGGCUCUGGCCGCUGACCCGAUGGUCAGGUUACAGAUGGCUGGCAUCUCUCCCGAGUAUCACGCUCACACUCACGCGCAUACGCAUGCGCAUACGCACUUGCACUUACAUCCGGGACAGCAACAGGCCCAGCAACAGGCUCAGCAACAGCAGGAAGCCGCUGCGGCUGCGGCUGGAUUUCCUCUGCCGGCUGCGGCCAGCGCCAAUUACCCUCGACCCGGCCUGAUGCCGCGCGAUCCUGCCCUGGCGCUGCAUCCAGCGGAGCUCCUAGGAAGACCGUACGCGGACAUGGCCGCGCAUCACGAGCAGCUACAACGGCAUCUUAUGAUGGAGCGCGACCGUUUCCCACCGCACCCGUCCCUCGUCGCCCACGAGGAGUACCUAAGACAACAGCGCGAGCGUGAGCUCAAAAUUCGCGUACUGGAUGAAGCAGCACGUGGAUCUCGUCCCUAAACUUACGCGUACACUUGUUUUUUUUUUUUAUUUAUAUAAAUAUAUAUAUAUAUAAAUAUACAUACAUAUAUAGUCUUGAUAUCGUUUAGGGCGCGCCAAUGGAAAUGCGAAGGGCGCGAUACGCGCUGCCUGAGCGUUCCUCCGACGCCACAGAGUAAUUUAUACAUACAUAUAUAUAUAUACAUAUAUAUAUAUCCUAUGUAAUUUUAACACCUAAGAUCAGAAAAUAUUUUUAUGGUCUUUCAGACGUAUUUAAGCGAUGAAAUAUACGCGCAUAUUACGCAUAUACACAGCGAGGAAGCGUGAUCAAUGUAAAACUCGCUAACUGUAAAUAUCACGACGAGAUAUUUUAACCCCCGAACGUUACAGAUCAAUCUGGCAUCAUUAAUGAGAAGGAAGGAGGGAGCAAGAGGGACGGAGAGAGAUCAAGAUUGAUACAAAAAUGACAAAAAGUCGAUAUGUGUAAGCUAUUUUCAAAUUUCUUCAAGUAUCAUUAUUAUCUAUCGCGUCUCUCGAUCGAUUCUACUGGUCUUGCUUUUUUUUCUCUUUUUUUUCUUUCUUUUAUAUUCGAUUUAAGUGAUGGUGCAUAUGCCAAAGUGCUUGUACGGGGGGAAGUUAUACUGCGGUUUUUAAUCCUUCCAUGUGCAUGUAGAUAUAUAUACAUAUACAUAUGUACAUAUAUAUAUAUACAUAUAUAUACAUAUAUAUGUGUGUGUGUGUGUGUGUGUGUGUGUGCGUGUGUGCGUGUGUGUGUGUGUGUGUUUUUAUUAUUUGUUCUUGCAAAUAGGGCAGAAACGUGCGUUACUGUAUUAUUAUUAUUAUAUGAAAAUGAAAAAAAAAGAAGGACACUAUGUAGAUAAAAUGGGGGCAAUAAGUUGGGAGAAUUUUGAAGAAACGAAUAGUGUAGAUAUGCGGUAUGAGGAUCUCCUCAAUAGUUUCGAGAAAAUCUUAUACUUCAUGUAUUUCAAGCUGUAGAAAUUAAAUUUGUUCGAAGAAAACGAGACACUCUCUCCGUUUUUUUAAUCGCGAUUGAACGAUGAUGUUAAACGCACAACAUUGCUACGAUGGUAAGUAUAUAUUCAUGAGAUUAUUAAGUGCAAAAAAAUGUAAUUUACCAUCAAUUCAC